UUUAACAAAUUCAAAACAUUGAAAAGUAUCAAAAAAUAAACUAGUAAUGUUUAUUAUAAAACGCAGUUGAUAAUGAAUUUGGGUGAUCCGGAACUCGAAUUAAUCGACCCAACACCAAAUAUCCAUUUAUUGUUCAUACAAUUCGACAAAACAUUCUUUUGGAGUAGAUUAGCGAGUAGGGUCGUAGUGAGAUGGAGCAAAAAAAUGUAUUCUUGCGCGGGAAUCUGCUCCUACGAAGGUCGGGGAGGCUUAUGCGAUAUAGCCGUCAGUGAACCCCUACUAAAACUUCGACCUCGUAAGGACUUGAUCGAAACACUGCUACACGAGAUGAUUCAUGCUUAUCUGUUUGUCACUGCCAAAGAUCAGGACAGAGACGGGCACGGACCUAUCUUCCAAAGUCACAUGCACCGGAUUAACAGAAGCGCUGGACUUAAUAUUAGUAUUUAUCAUGACUUUCAUGAUGAGGUUAUGCUAUAUCAAACGCACUGGUGGAGAUGUAAUGGACCAUGCCAAACAAAAAGACCACAUUUCGGUAUAGUGCGGAGAUCAGCAAACCGGGCGCCUGGGCCAUCAGAAUACUGGUGGCUGGACCACAAACGUAAAUGUGGAGGCACUUUCAUCAAAAUUAAGGAACCAGUGACAAAAACCAAAACUACCAAUAAGAAAUCAACCAAACCUAAUGCAGACAUUACUCAAUACAUAAACAAUAACAAUAAUAAUCUAUCAACAAAUAAGAAUUUAAUUAACGUUAAGGCUAUAACAACACUGAAAGAUUUUCAUGGCAAUUCUAUAAAAACUAACAUCAGAACUAUCAACAGUAUUCCUCAAGUGACAAUGGCCAAAAAUGUCAAUCCAAAUUCACCAAAACCUUUUAGUAGCCAAGGGCACACUUUAGUUAAAGUUCGAAGUCGAAGUAACUCUGUCAAUGCUCUAGAAACCGUCAGAAACAUAUGGGCGAACAAACAAAUAUCAAACACACCAAAUGCUGCUGAUAAUUCACUAAAACAAAUAAAAAAUAGAUCGAACCCACAUUCGGAUUCACCACCACCUAAAAUAAAGAAAAUAGAUCAAUAUUUCAAGAAGACCGCUUCUUCACUGCUCAAAGAUGUUUACGGAGAGGACUUCAAAAUAACUCAAUCAACUGAUGGUUCCAAAUUGAUUGCAGUUAAUACUAAGAAAGAAGACAAGGUAGAAUGCCCAGUAUGUAAAACUAAAGUGAAUAAAAUAGAAAUCAAUAAACAUCUAGAUGAAUGUUUGAAUAAAGAUUUGAUUGAAAAACUUAGUAAAGACAAUAUACAAGUUAAAAAUAAUAGUAAUCGUGAGAGGCAAUCCAUAGGGAGUAAUGUAUCUAAACCUAUGACGAAAUUCAAUAGCGUUGAUCUUGAUAGAAAAAUCACAAGUAAUAUUAAAUUAGAAAAAGACGAUGUAAAACCACUGGACAAUAAAGCAAGUACAAGUGCGGGCAUCAAAAUACAACCCCAAAAAAAAGUUACGUUUGCAUCAAAUGAAACUGAAAAUGAUUCAGACAUAUUUGGGAAUAGUAGUCAAGACCAACAUACAUGUGCAUGCUGUGGAAAAAAAAUCAGUAAACCUAUUGAACAACACUUAGAUGAAUGUUUAGUGUUUUUCGACCACAAUACUACGAUACCAGAAGAAAAUAACUCGACCAUUGUCAUAGAUGAUGAUGAUGAUGAAUUUGAUGAGUCAAUGACUAUGAAUGCUACAGGUACAAAAACACCAUGUCCCUGCUGCUUAGAAAUGGUUGAACAAAAGGCAAUGAAUGAUCAUUUAGAUUUGUGUUUGAAUGAAUAGUGUGUCACUACUAGUGAGAUAAUUACACUCAGGUGGCUUAUGUGGAAACUUCUUCAUGUAAUUAAGCUGUGUUGAGUUUUUGCUCCUCUGUCUGCCAACUGGUUUAGAAUAAUUCGAAUUUUCACCACCAGAUGAUUAAAAAUGUGAAAUUAGAAUAAGUGUUGGGAUUUUAUUAACAUGGAUGAUAUCAAGGCCAGGCGUUGACAUUUAUUAUAGCUAUAUAUGCUCUUUCUAUCUGAGAAUAUGAUUUAAUUAAUGAGAUAUAUUAAUCAAUAAUAAUAAACUGAAAAUAUUAAUUUUACAUCCACUAAUCUGAAAUGAUAAUUAAUCUCAUUCUUUAAUGAUCAAUGAGGUUACUGAAAAUGUUAUUUGUUAAUUUAUCGUGUACUGAAUUUAAUGUGAUAUUAGAAAUAAAUUACUUUG